CGACUUAUAAAGUGAGGACACCCUCUGAGCAAGCAAUUACGACAGUCGUGUGUCACUCCAAUCCCAGCCCUCAAAUCUCCUACAAUUGGUUUUCCAAGCAAUGGAUCCAACUCCAAAGCCGUUGUCGAAGGGUCCUUCACCCAUUGUUCUGCGUGGUUCCUGUCUAUGCGGCAUGAUCCACCUAGAAAGCAAGAUGCUGCCCGAAUCCAUCACCAUCUGCCAUUGCCUAGAAUGCCGCAAAGCUUCCUCCAACCCAUUUUUGACGUUCGGACUAUUCCACAAUGACUUCAUCCAAUGGUAUAUGGCUCAGCCCCACGGCAGCAGAAAGGACUUGCACGGUGACCUAUCAAAAGGCAUCAAGCUGACCUACUACUCUGAUAUCGCGACACGCGGCUGGUGUCCUCGCUGCGGCACACCACUUUUCAUGAAAUACCACUGCCGACCAGACGGGACGAGUAUCACGAUGGGUCUGGUUGACGACGAGCAUAUCGUUGGCUCGAUGCCGCCGGUUAAGGAGCACAUCUUCCUUGGAGAUAAAGCGGUCUGGUGGAACGUACCUUUGGAUGAUGGAACUGCUCGGUACCAAGGCUUCAACGAGCCUUUUACACGUCGACUUUUGGAGUGGUCAGCCAAGGGCCGUCCACAGAGAUUAGAUAUGCCCCCUGCCCCCUCCAAGUUCAAACUUUAAGUUCGGUUGGUCCAUUAGCGUGGGAAUUAUGCAAUUAGUUGGAGAGUGUUGGAUAUGUUGUUAGCGGGCGAUUGGUUGGGUGUGCUUUCUUCAUUUCUCUGGGAUUGAAUUUUAGGCAUCGUCGUAUACCUAGGUGUUAAGAUAUGGCA